AUGGCCGCAGUGACACAGAAGCCUGGUGAGCAGACACUCGCUCGAGACGCGUCUGUCCUGGCAUACGCACGCUUCCAUCGCAUCUGCAGAGACUACACGCGUGAAAGCCCUCUCGACUCUCGACACCUCCCGCAAGCACCUAUUUUCCUAGCUCAAGAACUCAGCGAUCCUUCCGGUUGCCCACAGUUCCAAUUCACUCAACCAGUUGGCACUUCCGAGCGCCUUGAGAUAGAUUCUGCAGCAGCGCAUCUAUUGAACUCAGUAUUCGCGCUCCGGAGUUCUCCUCAGGUGACCGACGCCUACUGCCCUCCUCAUCUGACGCGUCACUUGAAGGUCGAGACGCCUUUAUUGAGGAUUGAUCAUGAGCUUGACUCUUUUCGGUUUAGGAAGCGCGAGUCUCUUAAUCUGACGGAUGUGACGCUUCCCCUCGAGCAUACAGAUGACGAAAAAGAUGAAGGACUCUCUUGGCCCCUACAGUGUCGCAAUUUCUCGCAUGAAUUCCACGGCAAGAUCGCAUCCGACAGACUUGACGUUCAAAAGCAGGCACUUCUCUAUCUUCAGUCAGUGAUGAAGCGGCCAGAUAAGCCGGACAUACCAGACUCCGCACCCGUCAAAAGACGACUGAUUCAGCCUAUCACUCCACCGCUACUUCCUCUCAGCCCUGAGUUCACUCAUGUCCCUGAUCCGUCCUCAUCAUCACCUACCGGACAGGUCCAACUACUCUCCGGGACUACUGAUUCUAUAGCUGUCGAGGCCGAAGCUUUGGAGGCUAGGAUAUCGAAAGAGGACAGGAUUGACACUGAUGAUGUGCCGGGCCUCAAGUACUACACCGAAGACCCAAUGUUAUGGGAUGGCAUUGAAGAUCUUGAGGUUGAAACGACAGCACCCUCCUUCAAGCCAAGGCGACGCGCAGCCGAGCUCAAGAUCGAAACUCCGCUUACGCCCCCUGCAAACAUUACGCCACCAUUUCGAUCACCGGCGAAAAAUACAAAGUCAGUGUCGUUUCCUGAUGAAAUGCUCCAAUACAUCACAUACCCAAUGGAGAUCCCGUCCAAGUAUGAGGAUGGAAAUGCUGUGUUGGAUUCUGAGAAUGAUUUUGAUGCCUUCUUCGAAGAAGACAUGGCGCCAAUCGCGAAGAGGGCUGAUUGGAGGGCCGAACACGAACAACUACAUGAAGCGGACACCACCAAACGUGUCGAAGUCCCGGACCUGGAUUUUGAAAUUCCGAUUGCCCCUUGGCACUCUUUUGGCCUGAGAGCAUCACUGAAGAAAGAUGGUAUCUCGACCGAGUUAGAAGCUCAAGCCAGGCUUCUCUCCUAUUGUGCCAAAGAGGAGCUCAAAAUUACCCCAAAGUGGCCUGAGUCGAACAAACAAGACGGGGAGUUGAAAUGGUGGGCCUUCCCGAGGAAUCUUUCCAAAACAGUCGUAGCGGAGGAAAUACAACAUGACGCGGCUCUGAACAAAAUGAUAGGAAGCUCGCCAAUGGGAGAUGUAGAUAUCGUCGACAGUAGCUCCCUGGCCUGGAAACAUGAAGGACUACGCGUUCUUGACCAGCCCGAGGAUGAAGACGAAGAGAUUUUGCCUUGGCACUUUGAGCCUGGCGAUGACCUUGGUUCACUGUUACAGAAGAGGAAAUCUGAGAUUGCGAACGCCUCAGCAGAAUUAGCCAAGCGACUCCCAGAGUCUCUGUCGAAAGAGAGUGUCAUUUAUCAACCGCAAAAGAAACAAAAGACGAAUGAGAAUGCUGUUCACGAAUCCACCCGGCUGGAGAAUCAGUUCAUGCUCGGCGGAUUGUUCUCGGCAUCAAACUCACUGGAACAGUUUAUGCAGAUAAACAGCGGAACGAUGAAUACAAAGCAACCUUUGGAGAAACGUCCACCUGAAGAGAAACAGCAGGAUAACGCCAAGGUAGAGGCUUCUAUUUCGGACGCCUCGAAGCGAGCAGUCGAAAGCAGCCAAUCUCCAAUGCCACUUCCCGCCCCUCCAAUAGCGGACGAACAGCCUCCAAAACCUUUCAUAAUCUCCUCUUCACUCCUCAUCCAACGCCGCGAACUCGUCCGCACCAUCCAACGGCUCUACCCCCGCGCCAUCCUCAUCGAGCGCGACUUCAGCAGACCCCUCUCCACCUCCACCACCACCAGCACCCCAAUUAACCACCACCAACCCCCCACCGAACCCGACCUCCUCCUCUCCCCCUCCACCGGCCUCCUCAUCACCACCCUCCAACGCAUCAAGCAACGCGCCCUCCCCAGCAACCAACACGCAAGCAACAACAACAACAACACCGCAGCCGCCCCCCACAGCACCACCACCACCACCUUCCAAACCGAACUCGCCCACCACACCACCAAACUCCAACACCUCAUCGUCCUCGUCAGCGGCGCAUCAUCCCUCGAUGAUCAACAUCCCGCCACCAAGACCACCACCACCACCGCUGUGCCACCCCUGCAACCCCUGCACCCCCCCGACGCCCGCGACUGCGACGCCCUCGCCGCCCUGCACGGCUUCGCCGCCGCCGCCGGGGCUAGCCCGCGCUGCCGCGUCUCCGUCGCGUACGUGCCCGGCGGCGUGGCGGACGCGGCGCGUUGGGUCGUCGGCGUCAUGGCGGCGUAUGGGCGGACGGAGGGGGAGUUGGUUGGGGAUAGGGGCGGCGGCGGUGGCGGUAUGGGAGAAGGGGGGGAUGUCGUCGAUGGUGGGGAGCAACAGUCGUCGUCGUCGCCGUCGUCGUUGUCGUCGUCGUCGUCGUCGUCGGUGCUGAAGGAGGAAGAGAGCUUGUGGGAGUUGUUCCUGCGGAGGGCGGGGCUGAAUGCGUUUGCGGCGCAGGUGGUGCUGGCGAGGUUGAAGAAGAAGGAGGUGGAGGGGGUGGGGAGGGGCAGUGCUGGUGAUGGUGGGGGAGGGCCGGCGGCGCAUGGGUUGGCGGCGUUUGUGGGGAUGGGUCGAGAGGAGAGGAGGGAGGUGUUUGAUGGAGUUUUGGGGGAUGGGGAGCUGUUGGACGCCGUGGGGAGGAGAGUGGAUGGAUUGUGGGUGACGCCGAGGUCGCAAAGAUGA